GGCACAGGUACUGUAAAUCGUACUGCACGGUGACUAGACUGUUGGACGGUGAACCAUUGGCCUGGACCAUUAACGUCUGCUAUCAUGGUUGAUGCUUUCUGCGCUACGUGGAAACUGAUCGACAGCCAGAAAUUUGAUGAAUACAUGAAGGCACUUGGAGUUGGUUUUGCCACAAGACAAGUGGGCAAUGUCACAAAACCAACGGUAGUGAUCUGCAAAGAUGGAGACAAAGUGGUGGUGAAAACCCUGAGCACCUUCAGAAACACUGAGAUCUCCUCCAGACUGGGAGAGGAGUUUGAUGAGACCACACCUGAUGACCGGCAUGUCAAAUCUACCUUCACUAUGGAAGGAGAUAAACUUGUCCAUACGCAGAGGUGGGAUGGCAAAGAGACCAAAUUUGUUCGAGAAAUCAAGGAUGGAAAAAUGGUGAUGACUUUGACCUUUGAAGGAGUCCAGGCAGUACGCACAUAUGAGAAAGCCUGACCUCGCCUAUCUGAAUGAG